AUGGCGCAGCAGCUGCAGCAGCAGCGGCAGGAACAGCAGCAGCAGCGGCAGGAACAGCAGCAGCAGCUGGCCGAGGUGGCGCAGCGGCUGCAGCGGCAGCGGCAGCAACAGCAGCAGCUGGCCGAGGUGGCGCAGCAACAGCUGCUGCUGCUACAGCAGCAGCAGCAGCAGCUGGGGGACGUUCAGAGGGGCAUGCGAGCAGGAAAGCUACAGGUGGCGGCGUUGGCAGGAAGCAUCGACGCGAUCGUGGAGUCCGCCGCGCGCAAGAAGCUUGGGCUCGACCGCGUCGUGGUGAAAGACCUGGCGUCCUGCGCCGAGCUCGUGGCGCCGGCCAGCUCAAACGCCGACGUGCCCCUCCUGGCGGAGCGGCUCUCGAACGUGUCGCAUUUCCGCCACUACCUGCUCCUGCUGGUGAGGCGGCUGGAGGAGACGGGCGCCGCUGGGGACCCGCAGGUGCUGGACGCCAUUCAGGAGCUGCGGCAGGUGCUGGAGCAGGGGGACCCGCCGGCUGCACAGAUACUGCAGGCCCUGGGGCCGCUGCACGUCGCGCUGUCCGGCGCCGCUGGAGCAGGCGGCGCCAGCGACGGCGACGGCGGCGGCCAGUGGUGGUCAAAGCCGCUGUCGCGCUGCUUCAAGCUCCUGGACGCGUCGCAGCGCGGCGCCGCGGCGCAGCACUUGAUGGAGGCGGACAGCCUGGGCGUGCCGCUCCUGGUGGCGCUAACGGCCGGCGAGCUUUGCGAGUCGAUGGUGUUUCACGGCGCCCCGGUCGUCGCGGCCGCCGGCCGCGGGGCCAUCAUACGCACUGCGGUGGUCACGACCAGCUCCUCAGGGCUGCCCGACGGCCGCAAGCGUGCGGCCAUGCAAGCCCAGGUGCUCGGCAAGGCGCUGGAGCUGCUUUUGCCCGAUGGCCAGGCGCCGUCCCCGCUCCAGCUGGAGGGUACCGUCUACGUGCACGGCUGGGCCAAUGGGCCCGGGGCGGCCUUGCCCGCAAGGCAGCUCAACGGCGUCCUGAUCCGGGUCAAGUUUUUUGAUUGUGUUGACGAGAUUUUUGAUUUUGCCGACUAG